CAAGGCUCCAACCAACCCAAACAUGAAGAAAAGGAAAGGAGACACACAGCCGAAAUCCUUAUAAAAAAACCCGCACACACACACACACGCACACAACAAUAACAUUCCAACAGAGAGUCAUCACAAGUCACUAAGAGUGUGUGAUCAAACAGAAAACCAACAUGGAAUGGAGGAAAUGCUACCUUGAUGUUGUUCUUGUACCUUUAGGGUUUCUAGUAUGCAUAGGGUAUCAUUUUUGGUUAUGGCGCAAGGUUCGGACCGACCCCCUCUCCACCAUCAUCGGAACAAAUGCUAGAGGUCGCCGGUUGUGGGUCUCAGCCAUGAUGAAGGAUAAUGACAAGAAAAACAUCCUGGCUGUACAAACACUUCGGAAUACGAUUAUGGGUUCGACACUGAUGGCCACCACAUCGAUACUUCUCUGCUCUGGCCUUGCUGCGGUCAUAAGCAGUACGUACAGCGUGAAAAAACCAAUCAAUGACUCUGUAUUUGGGGCUCACGGGGAGUUCAUGGUGGCACUCAAAUAUGUCUCAGUGCUCCUGAUUUUCUUGUUCUCUUUCAUCUGCCAUUCUCUGUCAAUCAGGUUUACCAACCAGGUAAAUUUCCUCGUCAACUGCCCGCGAGAUGAGACGGGGAUAGUGACGCCGGAAUACGUAUCGGAGCUGCUGGAAAAGGGAUUUGUACUAAACACGGUAGGAAAUAGAUUGUUCUACGCUGCACUGCCUCUCCUGCUUUGGAUCUUUGGACCAGUGCUUGUUUUCCUGUGUUCUAUAACGUUGGUUCCAGUGCUUUAUAAUCUCGACAUUGUUUUCGUCAGUAAUGUGAAAGGGAAGUUCAAUCUUCAGGAUGAGAAUGGAGCUUCUGAGUUUGCAUGAAUGUGAUUUAGGGACAAUUUGAACAAUAUACAUUUUCAUGUGAAAUGAAUCGUGAUGCAAUCCAAAGACUUGGAGAAUUAAUGGACAAUGAUGUUAAGUUGAGUUUCUUUUGGAAUUGCAACCGUGUUCCUUCCAAAUGAUUUAUUAAUGAAGUCCUUAUUCUAUGCUCCUUCUAAUGAAAAAGCUUUCAUCUCU